AUGUUCAUUGGGGGAGAAACAGCGCAACCGGACUCGGAGACCACCGCGCUGAUUGAAGCGAUUGUGAAGGAACAGGUGAUUGAGAUGAUUCUUCAAGCGUUGAAUCUAGCAAAUCGCCGAGGAAUAAAAACAGUUUCAAUCGUGGAUAUCGCAUUUCAGAUGCGCCAUAACUGCUCGCGAAUAGCUCGGUUGAAGAACUUUCUAUACUGGAAGGACAUACGAAAGAAUGCAAAAGAUUCGGACGAUCGAGCCACUGAUGAAGUUAUUCCAUUCGGGGAUGGUGACCAAAAGGAAUCUGGGCAAGGAUAUCCAUCCAAGUCGCAGCCCCGUCGUUUUAACCAUACAGCUAGGAUAGCUUUCCCUUGGGAAGACCCCUUUCUCUAUUCAGAACAACCCCCAGAGAUGAUUGAAGAUGAAGUGGGACAAGAAGAAGGAAGGCAGGAAAUGCUGAUCCAACUUGCGCUGGCCGACUACCGCACAAGUAACAUGACAAAAGAUGAAUACGCCUACUGGUCUGAUUGCCGCCAAGCUAGCUUCACAUUUCGAAAGGCCAAACGAUUUCGGCGCUGGGUGGGACUCGACAGACUGGUCGAAAGUAAAGUGAGCGACGAUGUUAUUGACGUGCUAGGGUUUUUGAUUUCCGAGAUUAUCAAAACUCUCACGAAAGAAGCCAUAAGUGUCAAAGAAGCCAAUGAUCGAGCAGAAGUCAAAGAUCGAGCGGCUGCUAUGGAGGAAGUAGCCAGGAAAAGGCAAGAUACGGAACCUUGUGGCCUUUUUAGUAGACCACACGUGGAUACAGCACCUGUCUCCUCAAAACAUAUCCAAGAGGCAUAUCGAAGGCUGCAAGUCAUUCCUAAAAAGUACACUUGCAUGAGACUUGGGGCUUCAGCGCCAAGGGCCUCAUUAAGACUGAUAUAA